AUGCCGCACUUCAAGUCAAGCCAAGAAUGGCUCGAAAAGUCAACCCUCCUCCUCGAGGCCAGCCCAUCCACAACCCGCAUAACCACGAGAUACUCCAUCGAACAAGUCAAGUCGCGCAAAGCCAGGGCAGGCUCGACCAGCGACGUCGAGGCGCCGAAGCCGCCCCGCGGCAGCCUCGUCUUCACAACCUACGAUACAGCCACCGGCGUGACCCUCAAGUACCGCACCACAAAGGCCGCCGAAGUGACCUGGCUCAUGCAGUCGUCCCUGGGCCAGCUGGGUCGCAACAUGGCGGCCAUGCCGCCGGUCGAUCGGCUGGACAGCAAGAUGCCCGAUGCUCCGGCCGGUGCAGCCGAGGAUGGUGACGGAGGUAACCACGCCGGCGGAGCUGCCACGCCGGCGCUGCAGGCACAGCCGUCACAGCACCCGGCUGGGAAGAAGAAGAAGAAAGGCAGGAAGUGA